AUGGCGUCCAGUGUGCAGCAGCCAUGGCUUCUUCUCCUCAUCGUCCUCCUUCCGGCCGUGGCUGCUAACCCGAUCUUCGACGAGAACUACGCGCCGACGUGGGGUGCAGAUGGGUAUCACCUGGUUGACCAGGGGAUAGAGGUUCGUAUCACCAUGGACAGGAACUCGGGCGCAGGGUUUGGCUCCAAGCUGUCGUACGGCUCGGGAUUCUUCCACAUGAGGAUCAAGAUACCCGGAGGGUACACGGCCGGGGUUGUCACUGCCUACUAUCUGUCGUCGGAUCCUGACAGCGGCAACCACGACGAGGUGGACUUCGAGUUCCUGGGCAACGUGGACGGCAAGCCCAUCACGCUCCAGACCAACGUCUUCGUCAACGGCCACGGCGACAGGGAGCAGAGGCUGGGCCUGUGGUUCGACCCGGCGGCCGACUUCCACGACUACAGGAUACUCUGGAACCCUUACCAGCUCGUGGUGUUCGUGGACGAAGUGCCGAUACGGGUGAUGAGGAACAUGACGGGCCGGGUGCCGGAGUACGAGUUCCCGGCGAAGCGGAUGCGCCUCCGGGCGAGCAUGUGGGACGGCUCCGGCUGGGCGACGGACGGCGGCAGGACCAAGAUCGACUGGAACCGCGCGCCCUUCACGGCGGCGUUCCGGGGCUUCGGCGUCGACGCCUGCGCUAACACCAGCGCCACGCCGUGCGGCUCGCCGGACCUGUGGUGGAACGCGCGCCGCUACAGGAGGCUGUCCGCCCAGCAGCGGGCCGCCUACGAGAACGUCAAGAAUACCUACAUGAACUACGACUACUGCACCGACAAGGAUCGGUUCGCCAACGGCAAUGUGCCGCCUGAGUGCAGCUACGACUAG